CCGACGGCUCGAAAACGGCGGAGGGGAUUGGUGGUUAGAGUGUGGUGUAGUGUUAAGAGCAAUUCAAACAUAAGCAAGAAGUUGUCAAGGAUGAUCAUCCUUGAAGUUGUAAGCUCAAAUAACAAGCGAUCAGUGUUAAGUUGUUGGAAUAAGAAAUAAAGAUAAGUGCAUAGCCAAUAAAUUGCGAAUUUUAUUUAACAAUUCAGUGCACGAAUUCAAGAUUGAGUUGCAAAGUUGACGAUAUAUCGAAAAAUCCGUUUCAAUAUUAAACAUGUAGCAUUCACUCACCAAUAAGUUUAUAUUGAACGUGUUGUAGGCGUGUAAGGGCUUGAUAUUUGCUAAAUCGAUAUAAAUAAUUGUGUUUUAUCGAUAGAUCAUUAAUAACAAAAACUGGGGUUUGGUAUUAAUUUAGCUUUUGUUGAAAGUUUGAACUGAAAUAUAAUUAUAAAAUUGAGAAAUAUGUCUACUGGAGUUUUGCCAUUUGUUCGUGGAGUUGACUUUUCCAAAAAUGAUUUCAGUAAUUCUAAGUUUCCGGCUGCUAUUAAAGAGAUGAAUAGGGUACAAUGGUUAACAUUAGACAACACACAUCUACGCGAAAUUCCUGAAGAACUUGGAAACUUAUUUAAACUAGAACAUCUCUCACUGAAAAGUAAUGAGUUGGAAAAGAUAUUUGGAGAAUUAACAGGACUUCCUUGCCUACGUUCUCUAAACAUUCGACGCAAUCAAAUUAAAAAUAGCGGGAUACCUCCUGAACUUUUUUGGCUAGACGAGUUGACAACUUUGGACAUAUCACAUAAUAAGCUUAAAGAAGUUCCUGAAGGAUUAGAACGUGCUAAAAGCCUUUUAGUAUUGAAUCUAAGCGAUAAUCAAAUAGAAUCCAUUCCUACAGCUUUGUUCAUUCAUUUAACUGAUUUACUUUUUCUUGAUCUUUCAAAUAAUCGUUUAGAAACAUUACCUCCACAAACACGUCGACUCGCGAAUUUACAAACUUUAAAUUUAGCGAAUAAUCCAUUAGAAUUGUUUCAGCUUCGGCAAUUGCCCUCUCUUCAAAAUCUCGAAAGCCUCAACAUGAAAAACACGCAACGUACUUUAUCAAACUUCCCCACUACGCUGGACAGUUUAUCAAAUUUAGCUGAAUUAAAUAUCUCAAAAAAUAUGUUACCAAAAAUACCAGAUUGCGUAUAUAAUUUGCCAAAUUUGAAGCGCAUAAAUCUUAGUGACAAUCUCAUUACUGAGCUAAGCUCUAGUAUUGAGUUUUGGCAAAAGCUUGAAGUACUCAACUUAUCACGAAAUCAAUUAAGUGCGUUACCAGCAUCUAUAUGUAAACUAACGUACCUCCGCCGUCUGUUUUUAAACGACAAUCGCUUAGAUUUCGAUGGAAUUCCUUCUGGCAUAGGUAAAUUGUGUUCCCUAGAGGUAUUUUCUGCUUCAAACAAUGUAUUGGAGAUGAUACCAGAAGGAUUAUGUCGUUGCGGGGCGUUAAAAAAACUAAAUUUGAGUUCUAAUAAGCUCAUAACGUUGCCAGAUGCCAUUCAUUUGCUAGAAGGAUUAGAUCAGCUGGAUUUACGAAAUAACCCUGAUUUAGUUAUGCCACCGAAACCAUGCGAAGCUGUUAAAGGUGCUGGUAUAGAGUUCUAUAACAUAGACUUUUCAUUACAAACUCAGUUGUUACUUGCUGGUGCUGCAGUCCCUACUUCAAUACCGACUGGAUCUAGCGCUAAGGAUUCUACUGCACGCAAAAUACGUCUUCGUCGCGGUCCUCGAACCGAUUCUGAACAGGAUUCUGCAAAAAUAUUGAAAGGUAUGAAAGACAUAGCAAAAGAUAAAGAUGAAUCCCAGAGUUCAUUUGAAAACUUACAACAUGAAUCGCUAAAGCCAAAGCGUUGGGAUGAAUCGUUGGAAAAACCUCAUUUGGAUUAUUCAAAAUUUUUUGAUAAAGAAGACGGCCAGUUUCCUGGCCUAACUAUAUGGGAAAUAGAAAACUUUUUACCAAACAAAAUUGAAGAAGUAGCUCAUGGAAAGUUUUAUGAAGGAGAUUGUUAUAUAGUACUUAAAACUUUUUUUGAUGAGUUGGGACAAUUAGCAUGGAAAAUCUAUUUUUGGAUUGGUAAUGAAGCAACUCUUGACAAGCGCGCUUGCGCUGCGAUACAUGCAGUUAACUUACGAAAUUACUUAGGAGCUCGCUGCCGUACAAUACGAGAGGAACAAAAUGAUGAAUCUGAAGAAUUUUUGGAACUAUUUGAGUCUGAAGUUACAUAUAUUGAAGGAGGUCGUACGGCAACAGGUUUUUACACAGUUGAAGAUAUGUUAUACACCAAGCGUUUAUAUCGUGUGCAUGCGGCUGGUUCAUCGAUUCAUUUGGAGCCCGUUGGAUUACAUAUUGAUUCGCUUGAUUCCCGAUUUGCCUUUAUGUUAGACUGUGGUAUCAAUAUAUAUAUUUGGCUUGGUUGCGCAUCAAAAAAUACAUUGAAUUCCAAAACACGGCUGAUGGCAGAAAAAAUUAAUAAAACCGAGAGAAAAAAUAAAUGUGAGAUCAUUGUAGAAACACAGGGAGAAGAAAGCGACGACUUUUGGAAAAACUUUGCCAUUGAUUCACAGGACAUAUCAAAAAAAACUAUUCACCAGCAUGUUCCGGAUAGUUUUGAGCCCGUUAUUCCUCGUCUUUAUCAGGUUCAACUCGGCAUGGGUUAUUUGGAGCUACCCCAAGUGGAAUUGGCAAAUCAAAAAUUGGUUCAUACUUUUUUGAAUAGCAAAAAUGUUUACAUAUUAGACAGUUAUACAGAUUUGUUUGUUUGGUUUGGUAAAAAAUCGACUCGACUGGUGAGAGCAGCCGCAAUAAAGUUAUCACGAGAACUGUUUCAGAUGAUAAAACGCCCUACUUUCGCAUUGGUCACGCGUUUGCAGGAAGAAACAGAGUCUCAAAUAUUUAAAUCAAAAUUUGUUGGUUGGGAUGAAGUUAUGGCAGUUGAUUUUACAAGAACUGCUAAAUCUGUUGCUAAAACUGGAGCAGAUUUGACCAAAUGGGCUCGUAAACAGGAGACACGUGCUGAUUUAGCCGCUCUUUUUAUGCCUCGCCAAAAUGCAAUGUCGCUUAAUGAGGCUGAGCAUCUAGAGGAGGAUUGGAACUAUGACCUUGAAGCAAUGGAAGCCUUCGUUUUGGAAGGAAAAAAAUUUGUGCGUUUGCCAGAAGAAGAGUUGGGAAAUUUUUAUAUGGGAGAGUGUUAUGUGUUUUUGUGCCGCUAUUGUAUACCCGCUGACGAAGAAGAUCUCGAAGUGGACCCAGUUAAACCAGCCGAUGAUGAAAUCCAAUGCGUAGUUUAUUUUUGGCAGGGGCGAAAUGCCAGCAAUAUGGGCUGGUUAACUUUUACGUUUACUUUACAAAAAAAAUUCAAAGCAAUGUUUGGAGAAGAAUUGGAAGUAGUGCGCAUUCAUCAACAACAAGAAAAUUUAAAAUUCAUGGCUCAUUUUAAACGCAAGUUUAUAAUUCAUACCGGGAAAAGAAAGGAUAAAUUGAAAGAUUCUAAUAUAAAACCUGUUGUCGAGUUCUUUCAUUUACGAUCAAAUGGUGGGGCAUUGUGUACUCGUCUUAUUCAAGUUCAGCCUGAUGCAACAAAUUUAAAUUCAACCUUUUGUUAUAUUUUGUAUGUACCUUUUGACACCAAAGAUGAAGCGCAAUCGGGUAUUGUUUAUGUUUGGUUGGGUUCAAAGUCAGCACCAGAGGAAGCAAAGCUUAUCCAAGAAAUUGCUGAGAAAAUGUUUAAUAAUCCAUGGGUUAGUUUACAGAUUUUAAACGAAGGAGAAGAGCCAGAGAAUUUCUUCUGGGUUGCAUUGGGUGGACGCAAAGCUUACGAAACGAAUGCUGAUUUUAUGAAUUAUACCCGACUUUUCCGAUGUUCCAAUGAGAAAGGUUAUUUCACAGUUGCAGAAAAAUGUACUGAUUUUUGUCAAGACGAUUUAGCAGAUGAUGACAUAAUGAUAUUGGAUAAUGGUGAACAAGUUUUUUUAUGGCUUGGUUCUAAAUGUAGUGAAGUGGAAAUAAAAUUGGCCUAUAAAUCAGCGCAGGUUUACAUACAACAUUUACGCAUAAAACAACCCGAAAGGCCUCGAAAGCUUUUCCUCACAUUGAAAAAUAAGGAGUCUAAAAGGUUCACAAAAUGUUUUCAUGGAUGGAGUAAUCAUAAAUCUCCUCCAGAGUAAUCGAGGUUUACAUGCAACACUUAUGCAUAAAACAACCUGAAAGGCCUGAAAAGCUUUUCCUCGCUUUGAAAAAUAAGGAAUCUAAACGUUUUACAAAAGAUUUUCAUGGAUGGAGUAGUCAUAAAUCUCCUCAAGACUAAUUGUGUCAGUACAUUACAAGUACAAGUGAUGAAAGCAUUGGAGAUAUAUACAUAGUUUGGUUAAUUUCUAUCAAAGCUAGCUGCUUUAGCAGUAGUAUAGCGAAUUUAUUAACGAAUUUAUAGUCUUUAAUAGAAAUAGUACUUUUUUUUUUAAUUAACAAAAAAUUGGCAAAUCAAAUACGGUCAUCAGGUUAGCACAUAUCCCUUUUUUCUAUUUGUUUUAACUUUUUCAUAAACAUAUUUUAAAUAUGUCUGUAUAUAUUUUUAACCAAACGUACGUAAAAAAAUAAUUUAAUCAUAUCUAGCACAUGUUUCCAAGAUAUUUUUUAUUUUUUUAAAUGUUUAACAAAUAUGAAAAUGCACAUAAAUCGAAACCAACGUAAAAACAGCUUGAAAAUAAAAUAUGAUAAUAAAAUGAUUCUUAGGCGGGAACGAAGUGAAACACUGAUUAAAAUUAUAUGAAAUCAUAUCAUUGAAAGAACAUAACCUUUAUUUUAACUUGUUAACUAGUGAGAUUAAUGAUCAAGCAUUUUUAAUGCCCUCAAUUAAUUUCUCUUUAGUGAUAUAUGGUCACCCAGGCUGCGAACCAACCAAGGUGUGAGGACACGUUUCCUACUAUAUUGAUGUUCGAUGAGUAAUCGACGUUUUGUCCUUCAAUUUAAUACUUAAGCCUCUAUUGCAGUUUUCAACUCAACUGCAUUUUAUUUGAAGUUUUGAAAUUUGGUGGGUUCGGAAGGUUGUUCUGAAAUUGAAUUGCUUUAACUUUAAUUCAACUGAGUGAAUCCCACAUAAUGGGGAUAUUAAUCGUUUCAAAUGUGAAAUAUUCCUUAUCAGCCUUUGAAAAGUAGACUACCUAUCUUUAAAGACAGUAUUUGAUUGACAAUCUCUUUAAUUUUACCGCUUGUAUUAUUUAUAUUACGCAUAUAAUUGUAGAUAACUUUUCGACUUCUAUGGGAUUUUUAUUUUUUUGAUAUUUUAGUUAUUGAAACCGGUAAUUCUAUAUUAGUUUCGAUUAUGACUUUGUCUUCAACCAAUAGUGAUUUACCUUUAUCUAUAAAAAAUUUUGUGCAAAUACGAGUUCAAACUCUAAAGAAAUGAACAACAAAUUGCAUUUACUAAUCUUAUGACACAAAUAUUGAGCAUAAAUUGCAAAAAACCAUCCAGAAAUGUCCUUAGCGCAUGUUAUCUUAACCAGUAACUGUUCAUACUAAAUGAGAAAAUCAGAAAACAAUAAGUUACCUGCAAGUUAACAAAAAAAAUCAGCAGCAAUGAUAUUAGGCUGAUGUAGGUACGCUAACCUGGUGAGUUGCAAGGUAUAUAUAUAUGUGUCUUAUUUUACUAUUUUGUGUUAUGAAAGAUUGACAACAGGGCAAUAUUACUAAUGAGAAUGUAAUUCAGCUUGUCCCGCUUGGAGGGCACAUUCUGUAAACCGAAUUAUGUGGCUGUAGUAAAAACAUUCUCAUAGCGGUAGGAAAAAUAAAAAAAAUAAUUAAAAUAAAAUAUAUUCUAUAAUAAAUUAUAUUCCAGCAUAUAUGAUUUAUUAUUUUAAUCUUUAUUAAAAAAACUAAUAAUAAGUAAUCAUUUUAACUAUAUAUCCUUUUAUUAAAAGAAAAAUAAGUGCACAACAAUUUGUAUAACGUGAAUGUAAACUAUAAGUUCCAUAAUUUUAGUAUAUACCAUAAUAAUAAUUAAAUAUUUUUGACUAGCUCAACUUACAAUUUUGAUUCUAAAUUUAUGGUGAAAGUAUAGGAUAGGUGAACUUAUGCAUAAACUUAAUAUCUGUGUAUAAAAAA